CCUCUUUGUCGUUGUCAUACAAUCACGCUCUGUCAAAAGAUCACUCUCGAAGGACCACUCUCAAAGGAUCACUUUCAGGAGAUUGCACUUUCAAGGGGUGGCACACUCAAAGAAUCACACUCUCAGAGAACGCGCUCUCCAAGAAGACACUCCCACGAUGAGGCCGACGCUGCGCCUUGCGUUCGUCCUGCUGCUUGCACACACGGCCACGCUCUCCGCCCGCGGUCUCGCAGAAGACGACGGCGUAGGCCCGCCAUACGACUCGCAAGGCAGGGGCUGCUGCACGGGCGGGCAGCACGAUCCGAGCAAGUGCUGGAACGUCGAUGGCUCCACGGCGCCCCUCGUCGCGCAGGACGGCGCCGGCCCCAUCUUCUGUCCCGGCCAGACACGGCGGCGCUGAAGCACACACAAAGGCAGCGCGAUCAGUGUCAAGGUCACUCAGACGUCAUGUUCUCCCUGCCGCCC